AUGACAGAUACGUAUAACAGCAUAUCAAAAUUUGUAGAAAAUGAAUUAUCCGCUUUCCUGUCAAGUGAUAACUACCUUAUGGAUGACUUAUCAGGCGAGAUACCAAAUGAAGUAUGUAGAUUACUAAAAGCCCAAGUGAUUGAAAAAAGGAAAGAUGGUCUUAGUAGGGGAAAACAAGAUUUGCUGAGCAAAGAGAUAUAUGAUAACGAAUCUGAAUUAAGGGCCCGACAAUCACAACAAAUAAUGGAUCUCAUCGGAGACAUACCGAAAUAUUCACUUGGAAGUGAAUUAAGAAGUAGAGUCGAGGGUGAAUCGCGAAGUACAUCGAUCGAGAGAUUAAUUGAAGACGUAUUGGAACUGCCGCAGAUGGAGAUAAUCCAUGAAGAAGAAUCAGAACCCGAAAAUAACCUCAAGAUCCUAAAUGAGUAUAGCAAUUUAAGAAAGGACCUCAUUUUAAAGUGCCAAGCCAUUCAAAUAGGCGAAAGAAAACUAUCGGAAAUUUUGAGCCAAGUAAAUUCCAUAAAUUCUUUGAUUAAUUCUAUCAAAGAAACUUCAGAAGAUAACGACGUCAGCGAGUAUUUUGCCACAUACAACGAGAAAUUAGUUGUUGCGUUGGAAGAAAUGAAGUUAUUAUUGGAAGAAGCUAUCAAGACAUCCGACACAUCUCCCGAAAAGAGAAAAAAAAUAAAAGGCAUCUUAAGUGAGUUAAAGAAGUAA